AUGAUCAUGAUGGAUAAGGUGGAGGAGGAGGCGUACACCACCCUCGGUGGCGCGCUGCUGCUCGUCUGCGGCUGGCAGGCGCUGCUGCUGCUUGACGAGUGCAACGUGCUGCAGACGCGCGGCUGCGUGCGCGGCUGGCCGCUGCUGCCCAUGGACAUCUGGGUGGUGCGCUACUACAAUCUCGAGCUGGGGUGGUACAUGCACCUCAUGCUCAAGCACAGUCUGGGCCUGGGCCUGCAGGACACGCGGUCUAUGGACCUCCACCACGUGUCCACCGUGGGCCUCAUCGUGUUCUCCUACUUCAUGAACUUCCAGACGCUGGGCCUGCUCAUCUUCACCCUCCUGAACGUCAGCAGCCCCGUCCUGCACGCCUCCAAGCUCGCCAACACCCUGGACUGGCCGCAGGCCAAGGUCGCGCUGUUCGCCGCCUUUGCCGGCGUGUUUGCGCUCACGCGUGUGCUGCUGUUCCCUUAUAUGGUGGUGCGCGCCGCCAUGAUGGAGCCGUACAAGAACGUGGUGCGCAUCACCCAGAUCCCCAUCUUCCUGGGGAUCUGGAUCAUGUUCCUGGUGCUGCUGCUGGUGCUGGCGGCCAUGCAGGCCUGGUGGUUCCUCGCCAUCGUCAAGAUCCUGAGGCAUGUGUCGGCAGGCAGUGAGAAGGGGCUGCAGGCGGAGGUGCUCAAGCGGGACUUCUCGCGGGAGGUCAGGAACGUGGCGGCAAAGACAGGGGCCGGUGCCUGA